AUGGCGGACGUUGAGGCGCAGCGCAAGGCCGCCUUCGAGCUUCAAGACAGGAUGAGCGACGCGCACCUGCGGCUCAGGAAUUUGCAGAGCCAACAGAGGAUGAAGGAGCGCAGCCUGCAGGAAGCGGAGCUGGUAGCUGAACAGAUUCGGCCACUGCCAGAGGAUGCAAGGGUCUACAGGACAGUGGGCCGAGCGUAUUUUUUGGCCCCAAAGGGAGAUGUGUUGGAUUCUCUUGUGGGUGAGGCUGAGAAAGCUAAAAAGGAGCUGGAGAGUAUGAAAUCGCUUCAGGAGGCUGCCAGGAACGACUUCAAGGAGGCAGAGACUAGCAUGGCAGCAUUGCGUGAAGGAUAG